GGAGGGCAAGCAUUGCCUAGAUAGCUGAGUAGUAUUUUUGUUCUGAAAUAAUUGUUUCAAAUGCCCAGCAGCAGCUGCAGUAGCAGCAGCAGAUUUAGUUUUACAGAUUGAGGCUCUGGGAAGAAAGAAAUCCACCUUCAGCUGCCUCAUACCGGUGAAUACAGGCACUUGUGGAACUGGCAAAGCAAACAUUAAUUGUCAAAGACUUGACUAUUUUUUUAUUUAUUUAUUGCAUAUCGAACCUGUUUUUGUUUUUUUUUCCUGACGUUCACUUUCUGCUUCUUGGAAUGGCGCGUAGAAAUCCCUAGCCACUGAAUAUCCCAGGGUGCCAGUCAAAGAGGGACAUUUGGAAGGCGUGGAAUUAAUUUGCAAGCCGCAAAGUUGCCCAAGGAAGGUUGAAGACCUUGUGAGGAUGAAUUUCACUUACCGCUAUGGAGCCCAUCGGCCUCUUCAUGCGUGGAACCACAGCCACGGACACCAUCACGGUGACCUGAAUAGGUCGAUGGAAAAAGGCUACUCUUCAGAAGGGUGUUAUGAGCAACUCUUUGUCUCGCCAGAAGUAUUUGUGAUCUUGGGCUUUGUGAGUUUGCUGGAGAACGUGCUGGUGAUCGCCGCUAUAGCCAAGAACAAGAAUUUGCACUCCCCGAUGUACUUUUUCAUCUGCAGCUUGGCGGUGGCCGACUUGCUGGUGAGCAUCUCGAACGGGUCAGAAACCAUCGUCAUCACCUGGCUGAACAACACGGAAGUCGACACACACAGUUUUACCGUUAGCAUCGACAAUAUCAUUGACUCAGUGAUUUGCAGCUCUCUGCUGGCCUCCAUUUGCAGUCUGCUUUCCAUAGCCGUGGACAGGUAUUUCACAAUCUUCUAUGCUCUCCAGUAUCACAACAUCAUGACAGGGAGGCGUGUCGGUAUCAUCAUCACCUGCAUCUGGGCCGCCUGCACAGUCUCAGGGGUCCUGUUCAUCAUUUAUUCCGACAGCAGCGUUGUCAUCAUUUGCCUCAUCGCCAUGUUCUUCACCAUGCUAGUCCUCAUGGCAUCUCUCUAUGUCCACAUGUUCAUGUUAGCCCGCCUGCACAUGAAAAAGAUUGCGAUUCUCCCAGGCACCGGCUCAAUUCGGCAAGGGGCCAACAUGAAGGGCGCCAUCACCCUGACCAUCUUGAUCGGGGUCUUCGUAGUGUGCUGGGCCCCGCUCUUCCUCCACUUGCUCUUCUACAUUUCAUGCCCUCACAAUCCCUAUUGCAUCUGUUUCAUGUCCCACUUUCACCUGUACCUCAUCCUAAUCAUGUGCAACUCCAUCAUCGAUCCGCUUAUCUACGCUUUCCGAAGCCAAGAGCUGAGGAAAACCUUCAGGGAGAUCAUGUGCUGCUGUAGCCUGAGAGAGUCAUGCGAUUUCUCAGGGAAAUAUUGA